UGACAGCCGCAACCAAAGCAAUACAAACAACAUUUAGCGGUGUCGACGACGACUCAUAAAGAAACUUGGAAUAAAUUCGAAGGAAAAAGUUUUUUUUAAGGUAAAAUCAAAAAUGUUGGCUGCAACAACGGCAAAUACAAAUACCAAUGGAAUCCCAGACAGGGCCUGGCAACCGAAUUUCGUCGUUUUAGAAACUUCCCAAGGCGAAAUAACGAUUGAGCUGUAUUGGAAGCAUGCACCAAACACAUGUCGCAACUUUGCUGAAUUGGUUCGUAGAGGCUACUACAACAAUACCAUUUUCCAUCGGAUCAUUAGCAAUUUCAUGAUACAAGGCGGCGAUCCAACUGGAACUGGUCGUGGUGGUGGAUCAAUUUAUGGUCAUACAUUCUCCGAUGAAAUUCAUCCCGAUCUUAAACACACCGGCGCUGGUAUAUUGUCAAUGGCCAAUUCUGGCCCAGACACAAAUGGUUCACAGUUCUUCAUUACAUUGGGACCAACACAGUGGCUUGAUGGAAAGCAUGCAAUUUUUGGACGCAUCCACAGUGGAAUGCAAAUUGUGAAACGGAUUGGAAUGGUGGAAACGGAUAAGAACGAUCGUCCCAUCGAAGCUGUCAAAAUCCUUAAGGGAAAAGUCGAGAAAUUCUAAUGAACAUUUUUUUAAUGGGGCUCUUUUUUCUACACCUUCUGAAUUUUUUUUGUGGAUUUAAUUUUGAAAAUUUUAUUAAAUAAGUGAAUUAUUCUUUAAGUGAUAUGCUUUGCUCUAUUGCAUUUUUUCUAUUGUAGUUUUGAGCUCUAUUUUGAGUUUUUUCGAUAGGAGUUAGUUAUCGGCCAACUGAAUUGCUCUGCUUCGGCAUUAUACUUGCUUUUUCAAAGCAACAUUUGCCAUAAUUUUUCUUGCGCCGACAGCAAAAACGAUGGGCCACUUGAAUAUCGCCCAAAUGUAUGCCAGUUGAAAUGUGACCAGCACUCUCCAAUCGAAAGACAAUAAACCGGAACUCUGAACAUUUUAGGUUGAAAA